GUCCGCCUGGGCGCAUCGCCCGCGCCGCCGCCGCCCGAGCGCGCAACCUGCGACAUGAAGACGCCCGGCGAGGUGUUGCGCGAGGGCGAGCUGGAGAAGCGCAGCGACAGCCUGUUCCAGCUGUGGAAGAAGAAGCGCGGCGUGCUCACCCCUGACCGCCUGCGCCUGUUCCCCGCCGGCCCCGGCGCGCGCCCCAAGGAGCUGCGCUUCCACUCCAUCCUCAAGGUGGACUGCGUGGAGCGCACCGGCAAGUACGUCUACUUCACCAUCGUCACCACGGACCGCAAGGAGAUCGACUUCCGCUGCGCGGGCGAGAGCUGCUGGAACGCGGCCAUCACGCUGGCGCUCAUCGACUUCCAGAACCGCCGCGCCCUGCAGGACUUCCGCAGCCGCCAGGAGCGCGCCGCGCCCGCCGCGCCCCCGGAGCCCUGGCCGGCCCGCGCGCCCUGAGCGCCGCCGCGG